CGUGUCACGGUGUGAAAAGAAAAUACUGACUGAUGGGCGGCUAAAUGGAUUGAGACGGUCCGUCGAGAGAAAGAAUAAGAGAAGAUAGUGAGAGAGAGAGCGAGGACGAAUAAUCCAGCUAAUCCUGGCCAAUCCCAGCCGUUCAGACUCCUCUGGAGCCACAGACAAAACACGGCGGAUAACACGCACAUCUGAUGUGCUUUAGACAGGCUGUUUUGGGGGAUCCUGGGAUGCCAAAGGCCUGCGGUGGGAUUCGUAAACACUAAAACAACAGAUUAGAGCGACCGUUGGAUGUCAGAUAAUUGUCGGAGAGCAAAGAACAGAAAGUGAGGGACCAGAUGAGCAUUUAUGUGUAGAAAAUGAAAAGCUUGCAAUGACAAAAACACUCCUUCACAGAUUUCACCUUGACAAGCAUAGAUAUAAAUUGAGAGCUGCAGAUUUUCUUCAGAUAACUGAACAUUCAUUACAGUCCCAUGUGUUUUGUGCUGAAGAAGAGCUGAUUCAGACUUUCCUUCAAAAACUACUGAUGAUGGACUACAGAGCAAGAUACAUUAAUGUUGAGACCAAUGACGAAGGUCACAACCAACAAGGCAGCAGUGAUUCACCUAUACAGGAAGCAGAUUGUGAUGAUAUAUUUUUUGAAUUAAUGUCUAACAGAGAAAGAAGUAAAUUUGACCCUGUGCACCCAAUGGAUGUUCAGAUGGCUGUGUUUCAUUGUGCUGAUGGUUUCCUGAAGCAGCUAAUGGUGACUAAACUGUCCCAGUGUCAGUACGCUCUGCCUUUGCUUGUUCCUGAUCCAUUCACACAACAGAUUGAGUUUCCUCUCUGGACAUUCAGACAAAUCAACAAGAGCUGGAAGAUGACAAACAUCAACAAUGAAACGAUCAGUCAAACCCAGCCGAUCUACAAGGCAAAAACUCCAAUGGUGUUUUUCUUCAGGUUUGGCUCUGUGUCUUCAUCCAAGUCUCAGCUGAUGAACAGUUUGAUCAAUGAGAAACACAACACGUUCUUUCACAGGAACUGCCCAGGCAGCAGCAGAACCAGAGUCCUGAUGGAUGGAGUGGUGGAGAUUGCCUGGUUCUGCCCCUCUGGGAAAAACGUGGAUAAAUUCAGUAACCGUGUUGCAUUCUGUAAUCUACAUGGAGAUGCAGGAGUCCAUGAGAAACAGCUGCAGAUCCUCACUGAAAUGGCCUCAGUCAAUGUUGUUCUUCUAUCACAACUUGAGAGGAAUGACAGAAGCAUGAUGAAAGUUCAAGAACUCUAUAAGGAUUCAAAGCCACUCAUUUGUCUUUUUGCUAAGAAUGAUUCAGCAUGCACUAAGACACGGAAAGGAAAAUACAAGAUUGGUUUGAAAGACAGAAAUCAGUCAGAAGUAUCUGAAGAACUCAGAAGAGCUAUAAAUGAUUGUUUUACUGGGGAAGAAAGAUCUGAGAGGAAUCAAAGAAUCAUUUCUGCCUCAUCAGGGGAAUCUGUGGCAUCAGUGGAGUCAGAAGAACAAAGAACUACAUCAACCUCAAGAAGAUGA